GGCGCUUAUAUCCUUGACGGCGCAAUUGACAAAGGUGCAUUCAAGUGGACGAGGGCAUGAAUGCAUGUGGCUCGGUGUACGAGUGUGACACCCCAUGAAGCGUAAAAACACAGUGCGAUGUCCACCUCGACACGAAAUUCGCAUCAACCUCAUCUAUCAAAGAGAGCGAUCGCAUCAGUCACAUGACCAGACACCCAAGCUCACGAGCGGCCUCUUCUCUCCAGCUGCACAAAGCGAAAGAGACACACGCAUUCAUGCAGAAAGGAUGUCGUGUCACUCACGCAGGCACGCACCUUUCUGAGCAGUGCGCUGAGUGUGUUGACUUCCAAUCGCAGCAUAUUGAGGGCCUCCUUCAGCUCAUGAUCCACCUGUGGACUCUGCAAAUACACACGAAACACGAGCAUGCUGUGCCUCAUCGUCAGUGUGGGCAGCCCUCACCCAUCCGAACAUCUGUCUCCGAGCCAGCUCCCCUAUCUUCGCCUCGGACUCAAGCUGACAGAGACACACGCCGACGGAGACAUGUGCAGAAGCGGAUGUUUGCCAUACCUGCUUGUCGAUCCUGUCGGUCUCGGCCACACCGACAGACACAGGAGCGGCCCCCUGAAGACGGCAAGUGACCAUUUGUUGCACUGAGACACGAGAGUGUAUGUGUAUAUCCGGCUGGCCAACUGACCACGUCAGCUGUCUCGAGCAUGCGCCUUAUCUCCAGCACGAACUGGUUCACGUUGUUGACGAACCCCUGGGCCUCCUCUAUGUCGCCCUUGAGGUAGGAGGCCAGCUCCUCGACACUCACUUCAGGCUUGCCCCCGUCCACCGACUCCUAAACGAGCCGAUAGCACGGGAAGGAAGGAUUGUGUGCAGAGACAUGGUGUGUGCGGGCGUGAAUGACGAGGCUAACGGCUGUGAUUCGUUCUAUGAUGUCUGCUCGCACACUGAGCUUCUUGACCACUCUCUGGAUCUCAGAGUGGAUCUAAAGGUCGGACUCAAAGACACACAUGUGUCCGUCUCAUCUGUGUGGGAAGAGUCCUUACGAAUAGGAGCUGCGGGUUUUGGAAGACCUCUUUCCUGACGCGCUUGAGCUUCUUAGUGUGCACUUUCCUGUCCGGAUCGACAUUCUCCUUCUCAGCGAACUGACGAGCAAUGCCCUCAACAGCUGCAGAUAGAGACGGACACACACAAACGGUCAAAGGCAGGCCAUGUCAGGCCCCUCUCCCUGUGUGUGUGGUUGACGUGUGUGCGUUGCUGACAGUCAAGGAGUGCGGUUCUGAGCAUGAAUCCCUCCCCGGCCUGGUCCUGAAAGUCUGCUAUCCGACGAAUGCGAUCCUUGGUCAGCUCAAAUGCGUCUGAUAAACAGAUUGGAUGGAACACAAAAAGAGAGGAUGGAAUGUCAGCCAGAUGGGCGAGCAACAUACCGGUCAGGAUUGCGAUGAACAUGUUGAUGAGCACGAGUGUGACAAUGAAUAUCCACCCCACUGUGUAUGCGGGCGCCGCAGCCGAGUCCGCCAGCUGCAAAGACUCGUAAUCGUACUCUCCCGUCAGCGACCGCAGCAGAGUGGAGAAAGACUCACCCCACGUGUGAAAGCCCGCUACCUACACCCACACCACAACACACUUGGCGUGUCUCUCUGUGUUUGUGAGCGUGCGCACCGCACCGCACCGCACCCGUGUGCCGAACAGCCAGUGUCCCGCGAAUGUGAAUCCGAUGGUGACGAGGAAGAAGACCAUAAUGAACGGCAGGAUGUCCACCGCCGCGUUGCUGAGCGCCACCCACAGUAGGCUGAGCUUCGGAUUCACCUGCAGGUACUUGAAUAUCUGGUGAGAGACACACCCACACACCCACACACAAGCACACAAACACACAAAGACGCAGCAGAUUGCCUUUCAGACGUCUGUAUUGUCCGCCUGUCCGUACAGUGAAGCAUCCGAUGAUGACGUUGACUGCAGCGACGGCCGAUGUGAAGGUGAAGAGCUCGAUAACCUUCCCCGGAUCGCGAUACUCUGUCGGCGAAAACUCCAAAUACUGAAAGCGGUCCUCCAGCAGAAAGCGAGACCUGCACGCACAGACACACACCAUGUCUCAUUUGCAAUAUUUAUAUCUUCACAGGCAGGCUGCUCCGUACCAGUAGACGAGAAUGGUGAGAUACAUGGCGAUGUUUGUGAGCUCGACGAGGUUCCAGAAGGACUUGAAGUAUUCGAGCUUGUACACUCGGAGCUCAUUCAUCUCACGUAAGACAUACACGCACAGGCACAGGAAGAAAAACACCUCACACGCCAGACGGGCGAAGUCCGCCCCUGAUUGAUGAGAUGAGCAAACGGAUCCCAGCCGAGACGUUCCUCGUGUUUGCGUGAUGGGCCGCCCUUCCGUGGCUACCUGUGCGGUAUGGCUGCAGUCUGCAUGAGUGGAGUGCGAUGGAAGAGUGGAUACGCCCGCCGAUCAUCAUGUCGUUCACAAACCUGCACCAACACACACACCAUCAAGUGCAUCCACACACCCGCCUCUCACAAUCACAUGCAUGUGUACGUACGUACCUCACACGUGUGAGAGUGUCAUAAUUGGCGUUGUACGUCAGGAACUCCACCACAAAGACCGCCGUGCCCCCGCCGAGAAAGAUGGGUUCGGUGGCUGCGCCGCCGCCCGACUCGUCGCCCUCGUCGAUGGUCUUCCCCACGCCCUGCUUGACGUAGUUCUCGUACACGAAUCGGCCUUCGUUGGUCAGGGGUAUGUCGAGGAUGUGGGCCUCGUGGCCGUAGUCGUAGCCGUAGCCGUAGCCGUCGAUGCCAAUCAGAUCGGGAAGGCGCUUCUCGUAACGAAGAUAGGGAUUCAGCAGUGUCACACGGUCUUCACUCGCCUGCAUGGAAAGAGACACGUGGCCACUGGUUGAUGUACCUCGUUGGUCAGGUGAGAGUCACCUGAAUGGAGUUUUUGAAGCUUUCCCAGCAUGGCCUCUGUACGUCGACCUCCGCCGGCCAGCCACAGGAGCCCUCCGUGACGCUCACCUGACGAAUGCGGAUCGGUGAUACUGACAGAGAGGGGCAGAUGGAUGCACAUAUAAGGAGCUUACAGUGCAUUGCUUAGAGUACGUGACUUACUGAUUCUGUUUGCCAUCCUGACAAACACCCGCGGGUCGUUGUCAUUUAUGAGUGAGUCAGGCAGCACAACGGGCAGCAGAACCGUCUCCAUCCACCGCCAUAUAUCGUCCGUCGUCCCAAUGUCUGUUUCAUAGUAACAUACACCCAAUAACCAGACACCACGCCUCUGCAUCUGCCUGACUGACUGACCAUAAUACGUCUUGUCGAAAUAUAUCCCUCCCAGGUUCUCCUUUGCAAACGCGUCUUCCAUCGUCUCUUGAGUCGACCACGUCGUACGUACCUACACAAGCACCGAGCCAAAUGGUGAGACAGCCAGCGUAUCCCAAUAUAUCCAUAUCAUCACCUCCCAUCACCGCCCCCUCACCCCACCGGCCGCACGAGCAUGUUAAUCGCCCCGAAACUCGCCACAAACAGAGUAUACAAUAGAGCCUUGUACAGGUAGUUUUGCUGCUGCACCCUCAGCACAUACUUGAUCACCCCGCCAGAGGGCACAGCAGUGGGCACCUCCAGCGCGGCCUCGUCCUGAUGGUCCAGGAAAUGGUCGCCAUCCAUCGCAUCUGGCGAGAGAGGCGGAGGGGGGCCGAACGAAGCCUCCUUCUCAGCGGCUGGUGGAUCAACUGCAGGCCUCUCGCCUGCUUGGUGGACGCCCUUCACGCCCUUGAGGCUCAGACGCCUGCCGAUGGCCUUCAUCUGCUUCAUUGUAGUGAGCGAUGAGUCAAAUGGGGGCCUGGACAAAUUGACGUUUAAGAGCACAGCAGUUGCAGCACAACUUC